UUGUUGAUAAUUUUGUUCUCUAUUUUUUGUCGUUUGUGUAUCGUUAUUGAACGAGGUUGUAUUGUAGCUAAAUCUAUUUGCUACUGACUAAAAUAUUUAAAUAAAAUUUGUGAUAAUGAUGUGGUUUAAAAUAAGUUAAAGUUUAUAUUUGGUGUGAUUGAUAUUAAACGAAGAAAUUUGCUGCUUCACUGUUAGCAAGCCUUUUAAUUUCAUAAAAUGCUUGUGUUCACGAUAGUUUGAUUGAAGCGGGUUAGUGAUAUUGAAGUGAAAUAAGUUUUAAAAAUGAGUAAUUGGGCUAGGCGUAUGCAUAGGAGAGCUGCUACUUUAAGUAAUGUGGUUACUUCUUGCGGCCAUCCAAAUUCAUUGCCGUACCCUAGAAGAUUAGAAAAAGUCAAGUUUGGUGUUCCACUUCAUGAGGUUUGCAAAGAAGAUAUUCCUGGACCUUUACUUGUACUAAUCUUGAAGCUUAACAAAGAAGCACCAUUACGACGCGAUGUAUUCCGCGCUCCCGGACAUCAGGGAGCGAUGAAGAAGCUCAUACAUUUCCUGCAAACUGGCCGACUAGUCAAUGUAGAUAAUUAUUCAGUAUACACUAUAGCGAGUGUCCUGAAGAAAUUUCUUAGGAAAAUUCCGGGGGGUGUGUUUGGCCGCGAUGGUGAAAUGCAACUAUUUGCUGCUGUGGAGCUGCCGGCUGAACAGCAAGUGGACGCUAUCAGAAGAUUAUUGCUGUCGUUACCGGUAUGCACGCAGAGGCUCCUUGUGCUUCUCUUUGGCACAUUUCGAGUGAUGGCCUCCAACGCUGAUAAAGCAGGUACGGGCAUGACGUCAGAAGCGCUCGGCGUGUCCGUGGCGCCUUCGUUCUUCCACUCUUGCGUGUCGGAUGGAAAGACUGCCACUAUGGAAGAUGUGCAGCGGUUCAAGGUGGCAACACGCAUAAUGCGACAGCUCAUAGAACAAUUCAGCGCGGGCGAUCUGUUCGGUCGAGAUAACUACGAGUACUACGCGCGAGUCACGGGCCGCGUGUUGCGGGUUAAGGAUGAGUGGAUAUGCUCCUUUAGGGACCCGCCGCCGCCCAGACAUCAUAGGGAUCAAGAGGCGUAUGCUAGGCAAUUAUCACUGGAAGCUGAAAAAACCUGGUUGCAGUGUGAAUGCGACCGAUGGGGGAACAAGUAUAAUUUGGAAGCGUUGUCAAAAUCGGAAGAAUGCCAGUCAAUGCCAGCAUUGAUGGGCGUAGUUGGCGCGGGGGGAGGGGGAGCCCUGGGUCUAGGGAUCAUUCCAGAACAUAGCCUGUUGGACUCGUGCACAAGACUGUCGAUUUCCUUGGAAGAGAGCGUUUUUAAGGUGUCAAUGAGUUCCUCAUCACAGUCGUCCUGCAGUAACUCAAGCCCGCACAUGACGCUAGAGGAGUUGCGCGCAAUCAACAAGUACGCGGAGAGCACUAAGAGCCUCUCGUACUUGCCGCAGGCGGCGAGCGUCGGAGUUCGCGGCGACGUUCGCGGCGCGCUCGCGUGUGCCGCGCGCUCACACACUCCGACACUGAGAUCCCGAUCGCUCUCCAACCUCGUAAAGUGACCGCCUGACCGGACGCCUGUCCGCGCUGCUUUUGCACGCGUUAACCUUUAUAAUGGGUGUAUAACCAAUCCUACGAUUGUAUAACCUAACUGUUUAUGGAUAAACGUUGUUUGGGUGUAUAAGCGUUCUUACAGACGAACGGCAAGUUAUGAACGACAGAGGCUACUUCAGCCGUCCCCACCUGUCGACGGCAGCCGUCAACGUAUUGACUGCUGCCGCCGACGCGCCGACGACUGCCGUCGACAUGUAGCGACGGCUGAAGUAGCCUUUGCCGUUCACAACUUGCCGUUCGUCUGUUAGAACUCUCACUCUCUAGAUUGUGUAACCACAAAAAUAUGAGUUUCUCAUUUAGCUUUCAAGUGACAGUGUGAUCGGCCACAUGUCCACAAUAUUUUUGCACGCUCUCACUUUUUGAAACGGUUUUACAACCACGUAAUUAUUAUUUUUAUUUGGCUAUAUAACCGCUGUCCAGAUUAAGUUACCAUAUUAUGAUUACCCCACAACUAUGCGAAUGCUAAAAUUUUCUGUGAUCGUAGAGAAGUGAGGACACUCAUAUUUGAAGAUUCGACUAAAUAUUAAACUAGACAACUCAAAUGCUUAUACCGAUGAUGUUUACGAUUAAAAAAAAAGCUAUAUUCUGUCUAUAUGGUCCAAUAAUUUUCUGUCCUGUUUAGUUUAUACUCUGUGGUUACGUCAUUGCACUGCGCGAUAUAUAUAGUUGAAAUCAAAAUGGCGACCUCAAUCAAUCGCACGCAUUUUCAUUAAGCCUUAUCAAACAUGUAAAGAUUAUUUGCGUAAUUUUAACAUCUUUCAAACCCAAAAUGCACUAAAAUCAGUCUGAAGUUUAACUUAUUUAUUGCGCAGUGUAAUAAUCUGUGAGUGAAUAGUAUCCAACCCGAAAUGGUAUGCAAAAUCAAACUAACGACGUGGUUAAUAUUGUAACUAACGUGGUAAAACUAUAUUGUAUGUGGGGUUACCAGAAAACUAUAUGGGAUAAAAUUUUAAUAUCUUGAUAAUUUUUUUGUUUUUAAUUCAGUAGAUACUCCUUGAGUUUUGAGUUAUUAACAAUUCUCAUUUCUGGUAACCCUACAGUGGAAUUAUCACUGUACCAGAAUUGUCCUCACACGAAUUGCGAGCAAUUUAAUGCACAAUACGGGUCAUAUAGCUUUGUUGGCGCUGCAGCAAUAUCAGCCAUUAAAUGCUUAAAAGUAAAUCUUAUAGACCAAUAUAAGUAACAUUCAUACUUUUCAAGCCACGUUCCAACUUUCAAGUGUUGGUAAGUUAGCAAAUCAAAGUUAUUUGACACGGAUUGUACCUUUUAUAAGGAACGAUGCACACAAUGCAAAUGCUACACCUUCUAUUGUAACUCGAUAUAUUAUGUCUUCAAAAAUCGACCUGUAUGCACCGACCCUAAAUUGGAACGUGUCCGCACAAAUGUACGAUCCAUUAACAAUUCCUAAAUGCAACAGCAUUGUGAUUUUGUGAUAAAUUAAAGAACAAUUAAUCCGGAUUGCAUUCAUGCAUUCCACAUUUGCAUUCAUUUGUAUUUAAUGAAAAAAAAUAUAUAAUUCCUACAUAUUUUCAUAUGCGCAUGUCACACCUGGGUAUUAAAAACAUAAUCGGGUAAACAUAAAACUGGGUAUCAAAUACAUAAUAUUAUGAAAGGAUCAUCGUAAAACAGGAUUUAUUUUUUGUAACUAAGCAAUAAAAUAAAAGGUUUAUUGUAUCAUACAAUCAAUGCGAGUAAAAAGUUGUUUAUGAAAAACUUAUAUUUUCAGGGUUUUUGUUUAUUCUGAAGUAUUCUGGUACGUUUAUAUUGCCUUAAUUAUAGUAAAUACAAAAUAGGACGAUCCCUUGGCGCUUUAAUAUUUUGAGACGUUUUCACUUAUUGUCUAUAAUUGAUUUAUUAAUUUUGUUUAACACAUUUUAUAUUAAUAGAACUUUUAUAUGAAUCUUUUUAAUAUGCUCUCUAUUGAACGAAAUGUUUGAAAUAUUCCAAUAAUUUUUUUAAAAUAAUCGAGAAACCAUGCCAAAAUAAUAAAGUAAUAGAUUAUGAGAAACACCAGUUAAAUUUUAAAACAA